CAGUCUAAAUAAGGAUCCAGACCUGAAACGUUGCCUGUCCACUCCCUCCACAAAUGCUGCCUGACCUGCUGAGUUCCUCCAGCAUUUUGUGUUUUGCUGAGGAUUCCAGCAUCUGUAGUUUUUUUUGUGUUUCCCAAAGUAUUUGUAACAUUAGUCUAAAAAAAGAGAAAAAUAGAAAAUAGGUGCAGGAGUAGGCCAUUCGGCCCUUCAAGCCAGCACCACCAUUCAAUAUGAUUAUGGCUGAUCAUCCAAAAUCAGUUCCCCGUUCCUGCUUUUCCGCCAUAUCCCUUGAUUCCGUUAGCCCUAAGAGCUAAAUCUAACUCUCUCGAAAACAUCCAGUGAAUUGGCCUCCACUGCCUUCUGUGGCAGAGAUUCACAACGUGAAAAGGUUUUUCCUCACCUCAGUCCUAAAUGGCCUACUCCUUAUUCUUACACUGUUGAAAAAGCAGGAACACUUCAUGGAAAGAAUUUGGCAAAGAUUGGUUUUAGGUUUGAGGUGGCCACCCAUCGCAUUGCUACAGAAUUCUUCAAAAGGUUGUUUUUACUCAGUGAAGUCGUUUUGAAUUGUGGUCACUGUUGUGACAGCUGGUGGCAGAGCAGUUCUGAUAGACAACAUUGUGAUAAUGACUGGAGAUUCUUGCUGUGUUCAAAAACACAAAACUCUGCAGGAACUCAGCUGGCCAGGCUGCAUCUGUGGAAGAGAAUGGACAGAUGAUGUUUCAGGUCGGAACCCUUCUUCAGAAUCCUCCAGCACUUUUUUUAAAAACUCAGGAUUCCAACAUCUGCAGUAUCUUAGCGGCACGGUGGUGCAGCUGGUGGAACAGCUGCCUCACAGCGCCAGAGACCCCGGUUCAAUCCUGACCUCAGGAGGAACUGUCUGUGUGGAGUUAGUACAUUCUCCAUUUCUGCAGUGUAGUUUAGUUCAUUAUUGUCGCGUGUACUGAGGUACAGUGAAAAGUUUGUGUUUGUGUGUUAUCCAUGAAAUCUAAAAGACUAUACAUGAAUACAAUCAAGCUGUCCAUAGAGCACAAAGGAUAAAUGGUACAACAUUUAAUACAAAGAUAUAACAUUUAUCCUACAAGAUUUUUACAAGCAGCACCUGUACUCAGGAUCAAACCCGGACACGUUGGAGUUGUAAAAAAUGAUUUUUUUUCUCUCUACCUAGGUCCAUGUGACCGUAAAGUACCAUUGCACCAUUGCAUCAGUGAAAGCUUGGGAAAGGCGCUAUAAAAAUGCAAGUCCCUUUGGCUCCAAUUAAUUGCACCUCACCGUCCAAAGUGUGGCUCCGCCUACAGAGAGGUUUACACCGUUGCUUUGCAGUCUGGCAGAGUUUCCGUCUACCAGGACACAAGCGGCAGACUGAGCAAGUGAAUUCUUCCUAAGUUUGGGACAGUGGAGCGAGGAGACCUCCGCGACCUCUUGAAUGGACGGCUUACAACAAACACACUGACGUUCACUCAAUCCUGAUGUCACCAGGUCUAAUAGGAGUAUAAAGCGGGCCCGCUGUGGUCGUGCGUGGAGUAAAAGGGACUAGGGAUGUUUUGAGGCGCCCGCUGUAGCUGGUAACUUCAACGGCGGAUAGAACUCUCAAAGAAACUCUGAAGCAAGUGGAAUAACUCGGGAGCCUGGCUGCGAUGACCCUGAACACCCAAAGAGGCGUCGGCCAUGCUGCCUUGCAAAGGCGCGCAAGCUCUCCCGUGCCCUCUGCCCACCAGCACGCCCACGCCCACCCUGUGCGUAGCCUGACCACGGAGAGGGAGCUGGCCGCCUGCCCCUCACUGCCCCCCCGCAGACCCACACUGGGCUACUCCAUCUCCUGCCAGCCCAUGGACAGGGAGCCCACCGGGUGGUCCUCCGACUCGGCCGAAUCCGAUGCCUCCAGCGACUCCGGCUGCGGAACAUUCCGGGUACUGCUCCUCGGCGACUCCGGAGUGGGAAAGUCCAGCCUGGCCAAUGUCUUUGCUGGGAUCCAGGAUGUUCACGUGGAGGACUCUGGAGAAGAUACAUAUGAACGAACAUUAACGGUUGAUGGAGAGGACACAACAUUAAUAGUGAUGGAUACUUGGGGAAUUGAGGGUGAGGAACCAUGGGUGCAGGAUUACUGUAUGCAGGUGGGCAACGCGUACAUCAUUGUCUACUCCAUCACGGACCGCACCAGCUUUGAGAGCGCGUCCGAGCUCCGCAUCCAGCUGCGGAGGAUGCGGCAAGCAGAAAACAUCCCCAUCAUCCUGGUGGGAAACAAGAGCGACCUGGUGCGGUGUCGCGACGUCUCUGUUGAAGGUUGCCUGUGUUCUGUUGCAGAGGGUCGAGCGUGUGCGGUGGUCUUCGACUGCAAGUUCAUCGAGACGUCCGCCACCCUCCACCACAAUGUGACGGAGCUCUUCGAGGGCAUCGUGCGCCAGAUCCGCCUGCGCAAGGACAGCAAGGAGGCUAACGAGCGGCGGAUGGCCAACCACAAGAGGCGGGAGAGCAUCACCAAGAGAGCCCGCCGCUUUCUCAACAGGUUCGUGGCAAAGAACAACAAAAAGAUGGCCUUAAAAGUCAGGUCAAAAUCUUGUCACGACCUGUCGGUUUUGUAGAAGUCCCAAUAACCCAACUACCAGUGGGGAACUGUAAAACGCAACCAGCUAGUUACAUCAGGACCAAGAUGUGUUCACUUCUAUGCCUCUCCUGAUGACCCUUGUUGGUGGCCAUUGUCUCGUGAUCGACUGGUUGUUUGAUCCCGAUGGAGAAAACUUGACUCGGUGAAGAUGGCAGCCAGCAAGAUGGGUUCCUGCAACAUCUUCCUGAAGAACCUCCAUGUUCAAAAAGCGAAGAAUGAACCAAAGUCCCACAAAUAGAUGCAUGAACCAAGCAUACAGUAUAUGUUACAUUACAACGGUGUGGAAAAAAGCACUGCUGGUUGAUAUCUGGGCAAACAAGACUAUGACGCUUCCAUUCUCUUCCAUUGAAGAUACAUCCUUCUUCCUUUAGCAGAGUAAUCCUCAAGAUGAUCGCCUUCUGCUUGGUACAGGUGGUUCUGCUACAAUGCAGUGAUUUUGUUCCUGAGAACCCUCGCAUUAUAGAAUAUCGCUUUAAUAAUUGUGACAAUGCGGUUGGGGGCUAAUGAGUUUCAGACUUAUCCCCCUCGGCAGGAUUUUCAAAAGUAAAGGUCUUUUUAAUUGCUACAAGUUUAUUUUUGUUACUGCAAGCUAAAGGUAUAAGGGCAUUGUUUAAUAGAGUAUCUUUGGACUUUAAAGAAACCGUGUGAAAAAAGGCCCUUCAGCCCACCGAGUGCGUGCCAACCAUCGAUCUUCCCGUACACUAGCACUAUCCAACGCACGAGGGACAAUUUACAAUUCUUACAAAGCCAAUCAACCUUCAAGCCUGUACAUCUUUGGAGUGUAGAAGGAAACCGGAGUACUCGGCGAAAACCCACCCAGUCACAAGAAGAAUGUACAGACAGCACCCAUAGUCAGGAGGAAAUCCAGGUCUCUGGCGCAGUAAGACAGCAACUCUACCGCUGUGCCAUUGUGCUGCCCCAAGGAUCAAUAGAAGUGAUUGCUUAUCAAUUUCAUUGGCUACCUGCAGUGAAACUGACAACUGGUGUUCUUAGGUGGCAAUGAUGUCUGAUUACUGCAGGGAGGUUACAUGAAAACCAAGUUGUUUUUUUCCCCAAAUUUUUUUCCCCAUGACAGCUUUUUUUCUGCUUGUCAAUUUCCAAAGUAGUUAUAGGUGGUUCUCUAGUGCCUGAUCAAAAUUGUGCAAUACCCGAUUUGGCCCGCAUAAUACAAAUAGUAAUCCCUAAUGCAUCAGUCGCAUUAUAUUCAAUUCACAGUAUGAAAGAGCGCUUGAUAGGCAAACUACCUGUACAUGGAGUGGAAGCAGGCCCUUCGGCAAAACUUGCCCACACCGCCCAACAUGUCCCUUCUACACUAGUCCCACCUGCCUGUAUUUGGCCCAUAUCCCUCUAAACCCAUGCUUUAAAAUGUACCUGUCUAAAUAUUUCUUAAAUGUUGUGAUAGUACCUGCCGAAGGAACCAGUGGGCUGAAGGUUUAUGUGCUGUAUCUCACUAUGGCUCAAUGAAAUGCUCAUAUUUUUAAAAGGUUAAUAGGAUCAAUGAUUAGACUGAAGAUUACUCUAGAGACACAGUUUCCCCUCUAGAGAUAGAUAGAUAGGCAAUUAUUGAAGAAAAGCAUUUGAAGAAAUCAGAAGGAAUACAAUGUUAUAUUCUGGAUGAUCCAGGCAGCGAAUCUCAAUUUCCAAGCGAUUCCAAGCUAAAAUUGGAGGGUUGAUAAUCCUAUUUCUAUAUACUUCUGAAUAUUUUUAUAUCUAAAUCUCCAGGUGUUUAAGGGUUCCACACACAAUGGAUGGUUGGGAAUACUGCACGUAUUGAGACCAUAAAGAUGUCUAUGUUGGGCUUAACUGCGAAGGCCCAUGUAUAAAUUAAUUGGCCCUAAUAUAAUGUACAGAAUUUUCUACCUGCUUUCUAUGUUGACUUUUGCAGGUGAAUUUUGAACCAAUUUCUGUAAUAUAGCACUUUGUGUAUUGUAGAUUUAACUUUUGCAAUAAAAAUGGUCUUUGAUUUCUAAAUCAUAUAUAACUUUGAAGGAGGACAUGU